GGAAAGACGAUACAGCUGUUAUUCAAUUCCCCAUCCAAGAUCUCCAAACCAAUAUAUAAGCAUCGCCACUUACAGCUCGUCUUGGACGGCCCUCCCCCCAUUCUUGCCACACCAUUCAUUAUUUCUGUCACGCAGGUUACAAGUUACAUAUCUUAGUACACAUCAAUUCGAACAAACCAUUACCAGUACGCUGCACACUCUCAUUUCUUUCCAAGCUUUUUGCUCUUUGGAUCCUACGUGUGCACGCGUGUAUAUCUGCUUGCUCAGUGUAAUAACACUACCUACUAAUUCAAGGCCAACCAACGUACUCCUUGAAAGAGAGUCGAUCCAACGGCGUCUUACCAGCCGGAUCUGGACCACACUCUUUUGGACUAACACGUCUACACAACCACAUGAACUCCAAAUCUACCAUGGCGGCAACACUCAUCGAUCCGCAGCUCGAGCUGAUGGAUCAGGGCAUCGCCAUCGAAGGCAUGCAAUGCCAAUAUCCCCUUCCUACCUCGGCUUUUGAACCGUGGGGUUCCAUGUUCGAAUCAAUGGGCGAAUUCCCACGGUCCGCACAAGAGGAGGGCAUGAUGGACUCGGACUUGCACAGCGACGAAUCGUCUUCCGUGUCCUUGUCCCUGUCGCGCUCCCUCGGGGCCGAUCAGGACUUGCUAUUCCCAUUGUCCCCGCCGGAGGGCAUUGCCAAUGUGGACGAGUCGCCCGGAAAUACCUCCAUCUCCGCGGGACUCUCCGAGGCUGGCACCAACGCAGACAAGAAGACAUCGACGGCCACCAAGGCCAAAAGGACACGCCGGCGCCGCAGCGAGGUGGAAAAGAAGGAACAGAUUAAGCAGCGGAACAGGGUGGCGGCUUCAAAGUGCCGGCAGAAGAAGAAGGAAAAGGUGGAUGAGCUCAAGGAGAUCAAGUCGAGCCUCGAGGCGCGCAACAAAGACCUCCUCAUGGAGUACCGGCGUCUUCGCCAGGAGGUUGGCCAGGUCAAGAGCCACCUGAUACACCACACCGAGUGCAACGAUCCCAACAUUGACAGCUGGGUCGAGAACGAGGCCAAGGGCUACGUGCAGAAGCUGCUACACAACGACAACGAGCAGCGCAUAGGGAGCAUCGGCAGCGCCGACGGUUUUGCCGGCGCGAUGCACAUGCGCUCCGUCCCUGGGGCUGGAGAUCCGUACAUGGGGUUGGGUUGAAGCUGAUAACGAUACUCUUCGCUGCCUGCUUCAAUCUCGCACCUCUUGUUAGACGAUCUAACGGGCUUUCCUAUUAUCUCCCCCUCCUUCCUUUUCUCUAUACGAUGGCGAAUCUCUUAACGGCAUAUAUAAAUCGACGGGGAGUUAAAAAGGACAUUUGCAUUUUCUCCCCAUUAAUGCCUUUUUUUUCAUGUUAAUUUUUUUUUCUUUUUUUUUUUAAUAUCAUUUUCUCAUGAAAUCACAAAGGAUACCCAACGCUUCUUUAUCCCUUCUAUUGAUGGAAAAGUCGAGAAGGAGAAGCACUCAAAAAGGCCGGGAUGGCGGCUUCAUAAGCAUAUAAGAUGAUAACACGGAACCGUUCUUGGAAACCGUUCUCAUGAGGACGUGUUU